CGAGGGCAACAUUUUUGGUCCCCCUGGUUUCCGUAGUUCACUGUUAGGGCGUCACUCGGUACCGCAGCAGCUGCUGCGUAGGAGCCAAGUACCAAACAACACUGCACUCGUAGGCGUCUCUUACAUAAAAAAAAUACUUCACAUAACUCGCUGAAAUGAAUUCAGUGGACGGCAGUGGCUCACCGAGGAAACGCACAAUUUCUCGGGGAAUGAGUGAGGAUGAGUCUCUCCUGAGCAUUAUAAAAGAGGCGGAGAGCUCAUCCAGACGCCUGAUCCGAAGCGAAAGCCGAACAGGAUCUCUCCGGAAAAGGACUGACAGCCAGCAGUCUGACCAGGACCUCCUCAUGGGACUUCCAGAUAUGCUGGAGCUGCAGGCCAGCUAUGAUGAGGUGGUGCAGGAGCUGCGUGGGCUGGAGGUGCAGAGAGAGGCUCUGUUGUUCCAGGUGGAUGUCCUGCAGGACUCUCUGGAGGGUGUAGAGGAGCUGCUGGCUGAAGCCCAGAGGGAAGCUGGACAGGCUGGUUUGGCGCUGGAGCAAGAGAGAGAGGCCAGGAGGAAAAUGGAGAGGCUGGUGAGCUCCCUGAUGCAGGAAGUGGAGAGAUUAAAAGAGGAAAGACACAACAAAGCUCCGGUGACCAUCAUGAAUGAACUGCCGUUAAACGUCCCCUCAGAAGUGAAUAAAGACCUGCAGAAAGAGGAGAAGGACUCCACGCUACAUGGACCUCAUGGACAGGACGUUUUAGAUGGAGGACCGGCUCGAGAAGGUGAAGGAGGCGUCAUGAUGAAGCUGAAGAGGAUGGUCAGUCAGCCUUUAGGCCAGAUGCCUUCUCUUUCACUGAACAACAUGGUCUCCAUCGAUGGAGUCCUUCGGAGGCCGUAUCAAAACCACGCCUCAGAGGAUGGGCGGGAUCUUUCUCCAGACAGGAACGACUCUGAGAAAAGUGCCUAUGAGGAUGCCUCAGCUGAAACUCCCGAGCAGGACAAGCUGUUUCCAGGUGAUGAAGAGCUGCCUCAUGAUGUAGAGAACAAAGAGAAGGGUCCUGACAACGGCCAAACCCUGGAGCUCAACAACACUGAUGCCUGCAUUUUGUCUUAAUUUUUUAAGAUUAGCGACAUUUAUUAGCUAUUUGGUACAAAUCGGGAUCUUUUUGGUUUAGCCCUUUAUAUUACACCUUCUUUGUUUUAGCCACUUUGAGCUGAGCAGCAAACCAGCUGGUUUCAGCUUCUCAGUGGUGGACUUUUGCCUUUUUAACAAAGUUGUUGGGAAAUCUUUUUAGAUCUGCACUGAAGCCUGUCGAAGUUAUCUUCAGGAAAAGUAAAAAGGUUCUUUUUUUUAUCUUUUUCUAACUGAAUAUUUGCUGUUCAAAUCCCCAACAAAAAGAUCAGGUUUGAGAGGGUUUUAUUUUCUUAACGUUUUACUUUUUUCUACUUAGUUGCCAAACAUUUUCUUAAAAGUCUGUCUUAAAAUUUCAUUAUUUUUUUACAUGAGGAUAAUUAGGGGUGGGUUUUGGGCUUUUUCUUUGGCACAAUGCUAAUCAGGAUUUAUCUGUAUACAAAACACCUUCAGUUUUGUAUCCACGUUAUUGCUUGAUUUGAAAACCUAGACUGAAACACAGAUUAGUUCAUUUGCAGAAGGUUCAAGUCAUAUUUACAUAGUUUUUUACUGGAUUUCAUAACUUUCUCCCUUUUAUCCGAAAUACAGUUUUUCUAGAUUUGCUUUUAAUUUGAUGGGACUUUUUUUUUUUUUGGCACUUUUUGAAGCGGUUUAACAUGUCUAAUACAUCAGCAACAACAUUCCUUCUCCAAACAAACGCGUCAGACAGGAACAAUAACUGACUCGUUGCACAUUAAACACACACUGUUUUGCACAUUUUUAGAUGAAACUUGCUGAAAUGAGUCACUUUGGUCUGAUUGCUGUAAACCUUUUGUAUUUUCACACAUUUUUCUGUAAACUUUCACCUUAUUUGUGACUUAUUUAGCAUGACAUAUUUUGUUAUAUACUUGGAACUUUGCACGCUUAUAAAAUAUCAUAUUUAUUCCAGAAAACUGACUUUUGAAGGGAUUUAGAUCAGGUUCAUGUUGUUUUUUAUACACUGUUUCUUAUUUCCAGGGAAACAAAAAUAGUUUUAGUUCUGAACAUAUCAAGCAAGAAUAAAUGCUUGGUAAAUGCUUCUAUUAUAGAAAUGCUGAAACAUAAAUAUAUACAUAUAUAUAUAAACAUGAAUAUCUGUAGAGCAUUAGCUGUUUCUGUCAUGGUAAAAGCAGCACGUUUGUAUCUCGUCUCUGACAUUCCUGAUUUGCCUGGUGCUGGUUUUCACUUGAUUGUUUACCGUAUUUUGCUGCCAAGAUGCACUAAAUAUCCGCUCAAAUGCCUUGUUGGCGUUUUUCCUUCACAAAAAGACUGUAGUGCUGUUAUACUGAGCUGUAGUCGGUUUAUAAACAAACUUUUUAUCAUGAAACAAAUGAUCUGUUGUUGGAUGUAGAUCCGGUCAAAGGGAUUUUGUUUAUCAAGUUCAUAAAAUCCCUUAAAUGUUGAGGAAUCAGAUGUUUGGGUUUUACUUUUGUCCUUUAUUCUGAUUCGAUGCCUUUUGUUGGUUUUUGGUCUUUUUUUCUAAGCUUUGAAAUGUUCAGCUGUAAAGGUAAAGAUGAUUUUUAAUCCAAAUAAAAAGAUGAAUAAUGA